AUGGAGGCUGAGAGACCCCAGGAAGAGGAUGGUGAGAAGGGCCCCCCUCAGGAUGAGCACAGCUGGCCCCCUGUAAAGACCACCGUUCGACCUUGGCGAUCGGCUCCUCCAUCCCCUCCUCCAGGGACCCGCCGCACAGCCCUAGGACCCCGCUCGGCCUCCCUGCUCUCCCUGCAGACUGAGCUCCUUCUGGACCUCGUGGCUGAGGCCCAGUCCCGCCGCCUGGAGGAGCAGAGAGCCACCUUCCACGUCCCCGAGGAUCCCCCAAACCCAGCCCCAGCCCCAGCCCCAGCCCGGCCCCAGGAGGACAGAGAACAACUCUACAGCACCAUCCUCAGCCACCAGUGCCAGCGGAUGGAAGCCCAGCGGUCAGAGCCCCCCCUCCCCCCAGGGGGACAGGAGCUCCUGGAGUUGCUGCUGAGAGUUCAGGGUGGGGGCCGAAUGGAGGAACAAAGGUCUCGGCCCCCCACUCACACCUGCUGA